UUUGCGUCGGCGUGUGUUCUGCGGCGUUUCGCCCUCUGCUUGGUGGGGGUGUCCCUAGCGGUCCGGGCCGCAGAGCCUUUCCCCCGAGUCAUGGCGACGAAGGCCGUCUGCGUGCUGAAGGGUGACGGCCCGGUGCAAGGCACCAUCCACUUCGAGGCAAAGGGAGAUAAAGUCGUCGUAACUGGAUCCAUUACAGGGUUGACUGAAGGUGAUCACGGAUUCCACGUCCAUCAGUUUGGAGACAAUACACAAGGCUGUACCAGCGCAGGUCCUCACUUUAAUCCUCUGUCCAAAAAACACGGUGGGCCAAAGGAUGAAGAGAGGCAUGUUGGAGACCUGGGAAAUGUGAAGGCUGACGAAAAUGGUGUUGCCACUGUGGAUAUCGUAGAUGCCUUGAUCUCACUCUCAGGAGAAUAUUCCAUCAUUGGCCGCACGAUGGUGGUCCAUGAAAAACCAGAUGACUUGGGCAGAGGUGGAAAUGAAGAAAGUACAAAGACUGGAAACGCUGGAAGUCGUUUGGCCUGUGGUGUAAUUGGAAUUGCCCCGUAAACAUUCCCUGGGCAUGGUCUGAGUCCUAGUAACUCGUGUUAUCUUGCUGGUUGUAGAAAUUUAACUUGAUAAGCAUUUAACACUGUAAACUUAAAAAGUGUAAUUUGUGUGACUUUUUAAAAAUUGCUUUAAGUACCUGUAACGAGAACUGACUUAUGAUCACUUGAAAGAUUUGUAUUAUUUUAUAAAACUCAUACACAAUUAAAAUGUCUGUUUCAUUGAUCUCUGUAUUUUGCCAGACUUAAUCACAUGUAUAUCAUUUGUCUGAAUUUCGAUUCUCUCAAGCCUGCAAUAAACAUUCUCUGUGGCACUGUA